AUGUCUUGUAAAGGUGGCGAUGGUGGUGCAGCAGCAGCAGCAGCUGCAGCUGCUCUUGCUUUUUCUCCUGCUACUACUCCUCUGCAGGUACCUCAUAAGCUGACUAUGGAGGCAUGCGAGAUCCUGCAGAUAUUACCCCAUAUCCCACUGCCUACAAUACAAAAAGUGGUUACAAAGUUUGGUCAUGAUGCUGACAGAAUUGAAAAGUCUGUGAAUUUCCUUCUUAAUGAAGACAUGGCUUCUAGUCCUGAAUGGAGAAGGAAGAUAGCCGAGAAACGUCACAGUCCUGAGCAACAGAAGAAUUGGAUUGCUAGAGAUAGUCUAGAGGAGUGUGAGAAUGCUUCUAAAGUGAAGAGAGCAACAAAUGAGGAUCUUUACUUUGAAGAAGGCAAUAUUGAGAGAGAGAAGCAGCUGAGAUGUGAGGAGGAUUUCAAAGAGGCUGAGAAUGCAGACAGCAUGUUGGAAUGUCCUGUAUGUUGUGAAGAGAAGCUCAUCAUCAAGCACAUGAAGCCUUGUGUUGAUGGACAUCUGUUCUGCGAGUCUUGUGUUCAGAAAUAUGCAGAGGAAGUGAUUGGACAAGGACGUGUUGAUUUCCUUUGUUUGGAUCCCUCAUGUAAUGCUACUUUCAGUUAUAGCAUUCUUCAGCAAAUCUUGAGGCCCUCUGCCCUGUCACGUGUAUUGAGAAGGAAGCAAGCUGAAGAGAUCCAAGCAGCAAACAUUCAAAAUCUUGAAUGCUGUGCUUUUUGCGAUUUUGCAACAAUUAUGGAAGAUCCUAAGGAAAAGAUUUUUAGAUGCCUCAAUCCUGAAUGCAUGAAGGAAUCUUGUCGGCUGUGCAAAAGGCCAAGUCACAUACCUCGUCGAUGUGAGGAAAUCCAGCAGGAAGAAGGGGCAGAACGGGCUCGUGUGUACUUUGAAAAUGAAUUGUCAGAAGCUGUGAUAAGGACAUGUUCCAAGUGUGGGACUAGAUUCAUGAAGGAAGAGGGCUGUAAUAAGAUGACUUGCAGUUGUGGAGCAAAAAUGUGCUACCUAUGCAAGAAGCCUGUUGAAGAUUACAGCCAUUUUGCUGACAAUGAUCCCUCCAAAUGCCCUUUGUGGACAGAUUCUAUGUCUCUCCAUGCCAAAGAAGUCCAUGUUAAAGCUGCAGAGGUGAAGAAAAAGUUACAAGAUGAAAAUCCUAAUUUAGAGCUAAAGAAUGAUCCAAGAAAGGAGUCUCCUGAAAUGCCUGAAGGAAGAGCACAGCAUGAGGAAGCCCAUCUUCAGGCUCUUCAUAAUUGGGUGCAACAAUUUUGCCAAAUGCCACAAGAAAACAUGGAACAGGGUCCAAGGCCUGGUCAUCAAACCCAGCAAGCGAGACAGCAACCUCCUGGAGGUCAUCCACCCCAGCAAGUGAGGAGGCAGCAACCUCCUGGAGGUCAUCCACCCCAGCAACUGAGACAGCUACCUCAUGGAGGUCAUCCACUCCAGCAAGUGAGACAGCAACCUCUUAGAGGUCAUCAACCUCAGCAAGCAAGACUGCAAGCUCCUGGAGGUCAUGCAGCCCUGCAAGCAAGAAAGCAACCUCCUGGUGGUCAUGCACCCCUGCAGGCAAGACAACUACCUCCUGGAGGGCAUCUAGUCAAACAAAUGCAGUGUCGACCUCCUGGAGGGCAUCAAUCCCAGCAAAUGAGACAACCAGCUCCAGUAGGUCAUCCAGCCCAGAAACCAAGACAACAACCCCCCGGAAGUCAUCAAGCCCAGCAAGCAAGACAUCCUGUUUUGAAUCAACCUCGUUGGAGGUAUUAA